GGCCGCAGCAAUAGAUACUUUCCAUCAGAAGGAGGAUCGGAGUAUCAAUGGCGGCAGACGCUCCCAUCAGCAAACUGGGGGACGAUCUCCUCGAAGAAAUUCUCGUCCGCAGCUUCCCGCAUCCCAGAUCCGCCUGCCGUAGCAAAUCAGUCUGCAAGCGAUGGAACUCCCUGAUCUCUCGCUCCCGUUUCAACAGCCGUUUCGUUGCUCAUCACCGAAGCAGGAACGAAGGCCAACCACCCCUGCUGCUUCUCUCGAAGGACGACGCCCUGCCACUGCCGUCGUCGCUCCUGAGCUUCCUCCCCGUACCCGACGAAUUCCGAUCCAACUUCGUGAUUUGGGAUUCCUUCAAGGACUUGCUUCUGUGCGGGUUUCGGUAUUCGGCGUGGGACGACAAUCACGAAAGGGCCAGAUCGCUCUUGAUCUGCAAUCCCUUUACAGAGCAGUGGGUCGCCCUUCCUUUGCCGCCCGAAACGUCGUCGUGCAGGACUUACGCAACGAAAGAGGUAAAAUUGAUCGGUCGAGAAGUUGGUAAUGCUAAUGGUUUGGAUCUGGGUGAUGGCCAAGUAUUUGUGUAUCCCGACUAUCGCUUUCGCGUUCUGGUUCGAUAUGGAAGGGAUGGAUGUGAUUGGUUGCCAUGGAUUUCAGAACUACAGGUGUUUUGCUUCGAGUCCCGAAAAUGGUCGACCAUAAUGGAUGGUCCUCUUGCACCUAACGCAGCGUCUUUGGAUGAUGGGAAGUUGUAUUGGGUGGAUUGCGAAGUCCAUAGUGGAAUUCUGAGGUUUGAUCCUUUUCACCCAAAUAUGCAUCCAACCACUGUAGGCAGUGAGAAUUACUUUGUCAUGUGGGAACCAGUAUCCCAUUAUUUUUGGUCCUCGCACGGUGCUUCUUACGUAGUUCUACAUGAUCAAUCGGGAUCUCUUGGGCCUUACCCAGAUGUUUUCAUGGUUCGGAGGUGGGAAGAAGGCCGCAUGACAUGGAAUCUGUGCUACGAAGUGUCGUUGGAGGAGCUAAAACGUAACAGCGGGCCCGAAGUUGAGGAGCUGGAAGUCGUCUCCGUGCUCGCUCAGCAUUCGGAGCGGCCGGAAAUUUUGUUCUUGGAAUGCCACCGCGAUCCGAAAUUCAGAAAGACGGAAAUUUAUUUCGAUCCUACUUUCGAUGGGGUCAUAGAGACGGUUGUUUUCUCGUGCAAUCUGACGACGGGAAAACUGGAGCUUGUUGCCGAUCAGAGACCGUGUACUUUUCUCGGUCGGUGGAUGGUCUUGCAGCCCGGGACCACUUGUUUUUCUACACCAAUUCCUAGCUAUGAGAAAUUGCUCGGCAUGUAUGAUGGAAGCUGCAAUGAUUUGAUUCAUAGGAGAAAAUCAACUUAGGAGUCAUUUAGAGAGAGUUGGCAACGCAAUGAAAUCACUGCAAGUAGCGUCCUCGUUGUUUCCUAAAGUUGUUUCUUGUGAGAUCAUAUCGAAUGUUGGAAUAAUUUGCACUCAAUCAUUACCGUCGCAAGCUCAUCUUCUGAAAAAGGAGAGUCAACCACAACCUCGUCGAUUGUCAACACCUCUAACAGGGACCUGUCGCUUUUUAUUUCCACGAAUCGACUUCUUGACUGACUUUCGAAGCAGGCUGAUUUGUUGCUCCUUGCAGAUCGCACAGUCGCACCGAGCUCGCACAUAGUAUGUCCUACAUUGGAAGCAUUAUCUUGUCGAGACUUUCAUAGUGAAUGAAAUACUUUAUGUAAUUGAUACGGAAUUGAGAGAUUUGAGACUUUGUGAGAUUUAUCUGAACACAGACUCUCGUGUA